AAGUCGAUACGUGGCCGCCGCCUGUCCCCGCUGAGGAGGCGCAGAAGCCGGAGAUGGCGGCGGUGCUGAACGCAGAGCGACUCGAGGUGUCGGUCGACGGCCUCACGCUAAGUCCGGACCCGGAGGAGCGGCCCGGCGCCGAGGGCGCCCCGCUGCUGCCGCCGCCGCUGCCGCCGCCCUCGCCUCCCGGCUCCGGCCGGGGUCCGGGUGCCGCGGGAGAGCAGCCCGAGCCCGGGGAGGCGGCGGCUGGGGGCGCGGCGGAGGAGGCGCGGCGGCUGGAGCAGCGUUGGGGCUUCGGCCUGGAGGAGCUGUACGGCCUGGCGCUGCGCUUCUUCAAAGAAAAAGAUGGCAAAGCGUUCCAUCCAACUUACGAAGAAAAACUGAAGCUUGUGGCACUGCAUAAGCAGAUUCUUACGGGCCCAUAUAAUCCAGACACUUGUCCUGAGGUUGGAUUCUUUGAUGUGUUGGGAAAUGACAGGAGGAGAGAAUGGGCAGCCCUGGGGAACAUGUCUAAAGAGGAUGCCAUGGUAGAGUUUGUCAAACUCCUGAAUAGGUGUUGCCAUCUGUUUUCAACGUAUGUUGCAUCCCACAAAAUAGAAAAGGAAGAGCAAGAAAAAAAAAGGAAGGAGGAGGAGGAGCGAAGGCGGCGUGAAGAGGAAGAAAGAGAACGUCUGCAAAAGGAGGAAGAGAGACGUAGGAAAGAGGAGGAGGAAAGGCUGAGACGGGAGGAAGAAGAGAGGCGGCGAAUAGAAGAAGAAAGGCUUCGGUUGGAGCAGCAAAAGCAGCAGAUAAUGGCAGCUUUAAACUCGCAGACUGCCGUGCAGUUCCAGCAGUACGCGGCCCAGCAGUAUCCAGGGAACUACGAACAGCAGCAAAUUCUCAUCCGCCAGUUGCAGGAGCAGCACUAUCAGCAGUAUAUGCAGCAGUUGUACCAAGUCCAGCUUGCACAGCAACAGGCAGCAUUACAGAAACAGCAGGAAGUAGUAGUGGCUGGGGCUUCUUUGGCUACAUCAUCAAAAGUGAAUGCAGCUGUACCAAGUGAUAUGAUGUCAGUUAAUGGACAGACCAAAACCCACACUGAUAACUCUGAAAAAGAACUUGAACAAGAAGCCGCAGAAGAAGCCUUGGAGAAUGGACCAAAAGAAUCUCUUCCAGUAAUAGCAGCUCCUUCCAUGUGGACGCGACCCCAGAUCAAAGACUUUAAAGAGAAGAUUCGGCAGGAUGCAGAUUCCGUGAUUACAGUGGGCAGAGGAGAAGUGGUCACCGUUCGAGUACCCACUCACGAAGAAGGAUCAUAUCUCUUUUGGGAAUUUGCAACAGACAAUUAUGACAUUGGGUUUGGGGUGUAUUUUGAAUGGACAGACUCUCCAAACACUGCUGUCAGCGUGCAUGUCAGUGAGUCCAGUGACGACGACGAGGAGGAGGAAGGUAGAGCCAUUGAAAACACCACUUGUGAAGAGAAAGCCAAAAAGAAUGCCAGCAAACCUCUGCUGGAUGAGAUUGUGCCUGUGUACCGACGGGACUGUCAUGAGGAAGUGUAUGCCGGCAGCCACCAAUACCCAGGGAGAGGAGUCUAUCUCCUCAAAUUUGACAACUCCUACUCUUUGUGGAGGUCAAAAUCCGUCUACUACAGAGUCUAUUAUACUAGAUAAAGAUGUUGUUACAGAGUCUGGAGUCUAGGGCUGGGCAGAAGAUGGCAUUUAAUUUGGAAAUUUCUUUUGACUCUUGUGGAGCACUGGAGUCAGUGCUUACACUGUUGAUUUUGGUCUGAUAGUUUGUGAACUCUUUUUGGGAAUCAGAAUUUCCCUGAGACUCUUUAGCAUUAAUACUUUGGGGUCAAAAGGGAUUCCUCAGACUCAUCCAGCCCUUGGGUGCUGACCAGCAGAGUUACCAGUGGAUGCUGAAGUUACGUGAGCUACGUGUUAAAUAUGUAAAGUCUCUAAAAUAAAACAUCCCAAUGUUGACCUGCCUGGCUGCUGGUUAGCCCAUUACUGCCUGCUCCAUAUGUUUUAUGAGAGCCCAUAAUCACAAUGCUCUCUAAUUUGAAAUCCUUGCGCUAAUAAUCUACAUCAGGUGCAGCUGGCUUUGAUUGAAGGCCACUGAUUUUAAAACUUAAGACCUCACAAAUUAUAAUAGAAAAAGAAAUUGCGUCAAUUUGAUCUUGUCCUGAAUGACCCAACUAUUUUUACUUUGGAUGCAGUUGUUGAGAUCAGAGUUAUAUUACAGAGAAUUAUAUUCUGAGAUCAUCUUAAACUAGAAUGUUCAACCCCAAUUGACAAAGUAUCAAGAUACGUAGAACACCUCAAACGUCCUCCUUAGUGAGCCUCCGCAAACUCUCAGUCCUUUAUCUUCGUCUGGUGUUCAUACUAUCACUAGCAAAAUAAAAUUAAUUAAUUUUUGUUUUGAUUUGGCUUUAUAGAGCAUCUCAGUUGAAACUUUUGUGCACAGAGCAUACAGUUAGGGAUUUUGUAAACUCAAAUUGGCACCUACUGGAUUAAAAUAUAUAAAAUCAUUUAAAUAUUAUUCAGUGUAUGGGGAGUAACAUUGCACUAAUGUGGAAAUCACUGCCAGAGACAGACCAUUUUCUUUUGAUCUGGUACUGCUGAGGCACAAACCCUACAUGAUUCCAGUUUGGAAUUACUUAUCAGAGAACUGGAAAUGCAUAUGCCCUUGCUUAAAUCUUACAGCUUUAAUCUGUAUUAUGUCUUUAUUAAUGGGAAGAGGUAAAUCUUUUCCAUGCUGAAAACAAAUGUGGAUUAAUUGCCUCAAAUUUGUGUAAAUGAUUGGCUUCAAGAGAUUCUUGUUUUCAGAAGGGAGAGUGGUAAGACGGCAAUAUACACUUAAUGUUGUUAUAUGUUGUUACUGAAAUACUUAGUUUUUUAAAAUUUCAGUUCAUAGUCACUUGUAGGAUGGUUUCCAUUGAUUAGCUGCAAUACACAGUUCACUACAUAUGGGCUGUUUGAGUUUUUUGUCUGUUGCAUUUGUAUUUUAAUACCUGGUUUUGUACGUAUCUAAUUCUGUUCUCUUUUAGUUGUUCAGAAACUGGAUUGUUUUCUAAGCAGUGCUUAAUUUGUAUUUUUUAAUUUUGAUUCAGAAGUAGUUCUAGCUCAUAGAUAUCCACACCGUUAGAUCCAGAACAUUUGUCAGCUCUCACGUACAUAUGAUAUAGAAACCACGGAGUUAGGCACUUCCUGGCUUUUUUUUUUUAAUGAGAAAAAUAUUUAAAAUGUAAAAUAAACUUUUAAGAAGCAGGCACUAAUAUAUAUUUCUUCCAGCCUUCGGUUACAGAUUUGUUCUUGCACAUAUUAAGGUGAAUUAUCUCCUAAAAAUAUUGUUCUUGGGAGCAGUAUAUGUUACUUCAUAUAGCAGCGGUUCCUGUCAUGUGUUCAUGUCAGAACAUUUUUGGUUUUAAACUUUUUUAUUGCCUUUGGCUGUUGAUUAGUACAGUAC